AGCAGCAAAAAGAAACAUUCAAGAAUCAAACUUGCUAAUAGUCAGACGUGCCAGAAUAGUGCCUCUCCCGCAUCAUCAGAAUGGAUCGUUGGGUGGGUAAAGUAGCCGUAGUCACUGGAGCCAGUUCCGGGAUCGGUGCCGCUAUAGCGAAGGCAUUGGUCAACGCUGGAAUGGUUGUUGUCGGAUUGGCCCGUCGAGUAGAACGCGUUGAAGGUUUGAAAUCCCAUUUGAGGCCGGCGGACCACAAUCGUCUACAUGCGAUCAAGUGCGAUGUUUCGAAAGAAGAAGAAAUUCUAAAAACAUUCAAACUAGUUGAGGACAAAUUCGGAGGUGUUGAUGUAUUGAUCAAUAAUGCUGGAGUUUUGCGCGAAACUUCUUUGAUUGAAGCUGAGACACAGAAAUUGCGAGAAGUGUUAGACACGAAUGUUAUGGGAUUGGUUUUGUGCAGUCGAGAGGCGUUCAAAUUAAUGAAGAAGCGUUCAGUGGAUGGACAUAUUGUGCACAUCAACAGCAUUGCAGGACAUUCCGUACCAAAUUUUCCAAAUCUCAACAUCUAUCCGGCUUCUAAGUUCGCUGUGACCGCCAUAACGGAAACCAUGCGUCAUGAGCUAAGAACGGAAGGAAGUAAAGUGAAAGUUACGAGCAUAAGCCCUGGUGCCGUCAAGACAGAAAUACUACCAGCGGAAAUCGUUUCCACGGGAAUGCCUUUGCUUGAGGCAGAAGAUAUAGCCGAUGGUGUUUUGUAUGUACUCGGAACACCGCCGCGUGUGCAAAUUCACGAGUUGACAAUAAAACCGGUUGGAGAAACUUUCUAGGGUACACGGAGAACUGGACCUGACAACAAUAAAACUCCUUUGCUAUCAUCAAA